GCUUUAUGCAAACUAUAGUUUUAUGGAGGAACAAGAUCCCUUUCUGAUAGUUAAAAGUCAAGUGGAGGAUAGUUUAGCUAAUGCCAACAAUCUAUUUGAAUCUUGGAAACGAAUUCAACAAACCGUUUCUUCACCCAAGAAUCAAGAAUUGUUAUGGACAGCAGAUGAGCUUGGUUCAGCAUUAGAAGCUAUCGAACAAGAUCUUGAUGAUCUCGAAGAAGCCUUUAUGGCAUCUCAAGCAAAUCCCUCACAGUUUAAUUUGACUCAAAAAGACCUUUCUUCCAGAAGACGGUUUUUGGAUAAUUCACGCAAUAGAAUACAAUCCAUAAGAAAUACACUGGCUAAUCCACCAGCCAAGAAUAAUAGUAAUAAACAUUUGGCCAAUCAAUCUAUAGAAACGAUACGUCAAAAUGAAAAUAGUCGAUUUAUUGAAAGUGAACAGCAACAACAGACGGUGAUGAUACAAGAACAAGAUCACCAUUUGGAUGCUAUGGGAAGUACCUUGAUCAAUUUAAAAGAGAUAGCCGGAACGAUGAAUAGAGAGAUUGAUGAUCAUGUCAUUCUACUGGAUGAUUUGGGUGAAAGAGUAGAUCGAUCAGAGGGGAGACUAAAGACGGCCAUGAGACGAGUGACAGAUAUUUUGAAAAAGGAAGAAGAAUCCAAGUCAGGUUAUUGUAUCUGUUGCCUUAUCAUCGUGUUGAUCAUAUUAUUAGUCCUUGUCAUCAUCAUGUAACUUUAAAAAAUCGAGUUCUAGACAACAAAGAGAGAUUUAGUAGCUAUUUUAUUUCUAAAUCAGAUUUUAUCAC